AAUGUGACCAGAACAAUGUGGACAGAGCUGCAGAAAGACAGCUGAGUAUUUUGCACUUGUGGGCAGAGCAGAAGGAAAGAAAGAAACCGGAAGUCCGUUUCUCUCAGCACAUGACUGUCAGCUGGUUUGCGUCACGUGAGCAGAACUUUGCGGAAAACGGAAAAAUGUCAGUCUCGGGGAGCUCGAGUAAAGUGCGAUUAAUGGCGAUGUUUGUACUUUUAUUCGCCCUGUUUUCAUCACAGAGCUCCGCUGCUCAAGUGCCACUUCUAAUGUGGUCCAGUGAAGGCCUGCCACCCCUGGCCUCACCGGCCGCUGGUCACAUCACAUCCAACGACCAGCUGACUGCCUACCUCACCUCUGCCUUUGGCUCCGGCCCCAACACUGUGCUGCUAUUCCUGCAGGACAAGUUAAGCAAAGAAGACUUCACGCUGUUUGGUGGAGUGUUUGGAAACAAGCAGGACAGUGCCUUCCAAAACCUUGAGGCUGCACUGCAGGCUUCCCCCUCCUCAGUGUCGCUGCCUGCUUUAGAGUGGUCCGACUCCUCUGUGAUGCUGGCUCUGCUGCAGGAGAAGCUGGAUGUCUCUCCGGUGCUCGUGGACGCAGACACUCUGUCCCAUCUCAGCAUAAACACAUCCGCCAGCAACCUCCUGCUCAUCAAUCUCCCCUACUGCACCAGCUUGGAAAAGUCUUGCAAGGAAGUCCUGCAUGAAAAUGAUGGAAUUAUUGGGGAGGUUUUGAGUAUCAUGAAAGAUAAAGAUGUCCAUUUCACUGCGAUGUACACGGGACUCCAGCCCUCACGAGUGAUUUCAGAGAGGUCCAUGUCUCAGCAGGCUGUGGGCCGGUCCCUGCUGCAGGCCGUGGAGCCCACAGUCAAAGAGCCCAUCAUGUUUAAUGCCUCCGGGAACCCCUGCAUCAUGCUCUGGGCUCAGAAUCUCAACAUCAGCCUCACAGGCGAAUGGAUCGACCUCGCUGCACAAACGCCAUCGUUGGACGGAUCCAUUUGCAACGGCAGCAACUCACUGCUUGUCCUGACCUAUGCAUCCGGCCACAUACUACGUUUUGCCAUGAGUCAGCGGCUCUACAAGGUGUCCGCACGAAACUGGUUCACGUUGGACUCUGUGCAGCUGCAGUUGAAAGAUCUCACUGCGUCUUACAUCGGGAGUCGCAACAUCUACGCGCCUGCAGAGUACUCCUUCCACUGCCAGUCCGUCACCAGCUUCAGAGACAUCCUGCUGGUGCCGAGCAACAACAACAAGAGCACCACACAGUGGAGGCUCAACUUUGUCGACUUCCAGAUUCAGGGUUUCGGUUUGGCCAACGGCACAAACUUCUCCUACGCCAGCGACUGUGCCGGCUUCUUCACCGCGGGGAUCUGGAUGGGCCUGAUUACCUCACUGCUCAUGCUGUGGAUUUUUGUGUACGGUAUGCACAUGAUCAUGCAGCUCAACACAAUGGAUCGGUUCGACGACCCCAAAGGUCCUUCGAUUUCAGUGCCUCAGACAGAGUGAAUCAUUCCUCAAACACACACACUCCUCUGUCCUUCAGUGCCUCCUAGGAGACUCCCUCCUUGUCGUGUUGCUGUGUUUUGGCCUUUUUCUUUUAAUAUAUGUGUUCAAAUCUUUACUCUGAUUUUCUCUUCUGUCAUUUUCUAUCCUGAAUCCUUCCACAGCUGUCUUUUGGAUACGGUUAUCUUGCAAAGCACAUUUUAUUUCACCUCCACCAGUGCCAAAGAGGAUGCACCUUUUUUCCUAGUUGGUGAGAAGUGCAUCUGCUAAAAUAUGUUUUUGUGCUACUGUUGGCCUGACUUAUUUUCCUUAAAAUGAUAAGCAAUCAUUUCUCAAAACCAGAGAAUGUAUUCUGUGCCAACAUGAAUGUGAUGCUUGAUGCUGUAGGACCGUAUCAGACCUCUUACCUUUUCAUUUUUUUCAACGUAACUGUAAUUUCAAGAUUACUGGUUAUGAAAAAUAAGUGCCUGUAUAUAAAGAGUACAUUUAUGUUUGUGACUUUUGGAAUUGCCUUGGAAAGGUAUGUUAAUAAUUAACCUUGGAUGUAGUUCUGUUCUUGCUACUAGCAGACAAAUCCAACUCAAGUGCCACAAAGUAAUUCAAAUAUUUCUUCUUGAGUAAUUUAUUUAUGUAAAAAACACGUUUAAUGCUUAUCUUUAAAGUUUACUCCAUUGCUUCAGGUUCAUCAAAGAAUAAUAGUGCCUCAUUUCUGCUUGUGUCAAACCUUUGAAUGUGCAAUUGCCUUGACAUGUAAAUUGUCCCCAAUUGAAAAUAAAGAUAUCUGUAAAUA